UCGCUGAAGGAUCGGCUGGCCGCUCAAUCUACUCAAUCUGCGACUUCUCUUCGGGGUAUGAUGAGAUUCCCUUGGACUGCCGGGAUAGGCACAUGACCGCCAUGCGUACGCCUUUGGGACUGGUCCAAAUGAUGGUGGUACCAAUGGGGUGGACAAACGACAUGGCGGUGCUCCAAGGAGCCAUGAGUGCGGUCCUCAAGGAAUUCAUACCUGAAAGGGUGGAAGUCUUCCUUGAUGACUUCCCGAUAAAAGGGUCGGUCGAACGGGAUGAGAUGGAGGUCUUUCCCGGGGUGAGGAAGUUCGUAGUGGACCACAUGAGCGAUGUCAGGGAUGUCCUUGUGAAAUUAGACGAUGCCAACCUUAUGGUGAGCGGAACUAAGAGUCACUGGGGCGUGUCGUCCAUCAAGAUAUUGGGUUUCAUUUGCGACAAGGAUGGGCGGAGGCCCGAUCCCAGGAAAUUAGAGAAAUUGAUGAUCUGGCCAUCGCCGCUCAAGUCAAUAACGGAAGUUACGCAGUUUUUAGGGGUAGUGGGCUACUUGAGAAUCUUCAUAAAGGCCUACGGUGAGAAAGCGGAACCCCUUAGACGACUGCUUAGGAAAUCGGAAGGAUGGAUUUGGGGGGAGGAGCAGGCCGCGGCCAUGGAAGCUCUAAAAGAGGAAUUCUGCGAAGGUGGGCAGGUCCUAGGAGUUUCGUUCUUCGAGGACGAGGAGAAUCGCCCAUUCAUUGUUUCUACGGACGCGGGGCCUUACUCGCUAGGAGGCCUCUUAUCUCAAAAGGAUGGAGAAGGGAAGGAGAGAACGUUACGGUUCGAGAGCAGGACCUUGAAUCCCACUGAGCGGAAUUAUAGCCAGUUCAAAAAGGAAGUAUUGGGAGUGCUGCAUUGCCUGAAGGCCUUCCGCCAUUACAUAUACGGGCGACGAUUUCCCCUGAGGGUUGACCCCACCGCAGUGGCAACAAUCCUUCAAAAGGACUUCUCGUUGACCGAUCCGACCAUCGCUCGGUGGAUGAUACAUAUUAGACUUUACGAUUAUAGGGUCGAGAGGUUAUCCUGGACCAAAAAACAGGCUGCGGACGGGUUGUCCCGACUUCCCAUCCGGGAAGAGGACCUAACCAAGCUCGAGGAACUGACAUUGUCGAUGGCGGGUGAAUCAUGCGGCGUUGGGGCAAUUGGUUUGUUGGUGCCCCAAUUGGCGACAAGGGAAGCAACCUCCUUUUGCUUGGAGGGAAGAGGUGGAGGGAACGGAACGGUGGUGGAGGUUGACGGGUUGGUGGAUGUGGUGGUGGGAGUGGAGGAGGAUGGCAGGGGGGUGUUGUUGGAGGCGGUUGUGGAGGAGGGAGUGGUUUGCACUGUGGAGGAUGGAGUGGUUUGCACUGUGGAGGACGGAGGUGCAGCCGUGGUGACGAUCGUGAUGGAGGGGAUGGUCCCUUCGAUCGUGGUGAUGCAGUCACAUAUGGAUGACAUGUUGGCCUUUAUGUCGUCGAGAGAGGCGGUGACGGAGGUUCGAAGGGUGUUGAGUGCGUGGAGGAUGGCGAAGAGGUCGGGGGUGGCGGUGUUUGCUGGUGGUUGUUCGCCUGCGAGGUUGCGGGCGAUGCUAUCGACUGAGUCGGUGCGGAUGUCAAACAUGUUGAUGGAGGAUGCGGCCACGUCGAGGGAAGAGGGGGUGGAGGACGUGGCCUGAACAGGUGUGGAAGAUGCAGCACCAGCGGUGGCGGCGACAACAGCGGCAGCGGCGGCGGCACGUUGGGAGUUCUUGGUUUGGCAUGGUGGCAUGUGGAGGUGGGGGGGGGGAAUCCCUUAUUUAUUGAUCAAUAAAUUCAAAAAAAAAAAAAAUUGCCAAGAUUUUUUGGAAAGUAUGGAGUUAAUAUUGAAUAAAUAAAUUUAUUCCGAUUGGAAUUUUAUUUAUUCAAAAUUAAUUCAAAAUAUGGGUAGAACAAAAUUUUACGAGAAGA